AUGCCUCCUCCUAUGCUUUCUUCUCCCUGGAGACAGGCAGUUCCUACGCUCAAGAGAAUCGCCUCAAGUGCAAACUCGUUCAUCGCGCGUGUUACUAACACAGCAGGGACCCAGGUUGAAGACCACGCCGGAGCUCAACUCUAUAUUGUAUUGGAUCUCAUUGGAUGUGAUAAAUGCCCUUUAUGGAAAUUUUGCAUCUACAAUCCCAGCAACGAUGCCUGGAAGACGUACGAAUCUUGGAAGGGAUGUGACCAAGGUAAGGCAUAUCUCAUGGUUUCGAGCGCGUGUCCAGGAAUCGCUGAUGCGGAAGCCAAGUAUUUCAAAAUCGCAAAUGUCCCUCUCAGUUCUCUUGACGAAACCAAGAACAGCGUUCUCACUGCCCAUAUGCCGCAUACUUCCGGAAAGGGGGACUGUAGUCAACAGUACGUGAAGAAUGUCAUCCGCAACUUGGUCAAAGAGCGUUUUCUGAAGAUGCGCCAGGCUAAAGAAGUCUUUGACAAGAUUGACAAUUUCUUUGACGGCGAUGAUCUACCACUUCAGGUUGGCCAGAAACCUUGCGUCAACUAA